GCGAGGCUGUGAUUAAGGAGCGCGCAGGAGGAGUGUCUUCAGGCGCCGCGCGAGCGAUUAUUUUGAACGGGGGUCAACAUGGCGGAGGAGAGCAGCUUAAAGCACCGGCAUCACACCGGACAGAACUGCACCGGCAGCCGCCGUCACGAAGGGGCGGAGCUGACCUCUGACCCGCGGCUGGACGUGUCUGGAGCGCUGCAGAUCGUCCUCUCUGACGAGGAGCAGCACCGGUUCUCUCUGGACGACGAGGCGCUGGAGAGGAUGCUGCUGCAGGAGCGAGUGAAGGAUCUCCACGCCGUGGUGCUGUCUGUAGCUGGAGCCUUCCGCAAGGGCAAGUCCUUCCUGCUGGACUUCCUGCUCAGAUACAUGUACAGCCAGGGGUCAGACGCGUGGCUGGGGGGGGAUGACGAGCCGCUGACCGGCUUCACCUGGCGGGGGGGCUGUGAGCGGGAGACCACCGGGAUCCAGGCCUGGAGUCAUGUGUUCGUGGUGGAGAAACCAGACGGCAGCAGGGUGGCCGUGCUGCUCCUGGACACACAGGGAGUGUUUGACAGUCAGUCCACCAUCAGAGACUGUGCCACACUGUUUGCUCUGAGCACCAUGAUCAGCUCUGUACAGGUCUAUAACCUGUCCCAAAACAUUCAAGAAGACGACCUGCAGCAUCUUCAGCUCUUCACAGAGUACGGCCGACUCGCCAUGGAGGAGAUCUACCUCAAACCCUUCCAGUCGCUGAUGUUUCUCGUUCGAGACUGGAGUUACCCGUACGAACACGCUUUCGGUCUGGACGGAGGAAAUCAGUUCCUGGAGAAGAGGCUGCAGGUCAAACAGAAUCAACAUGAAGAGCUGCAGAACGUCAGGAAGCACAUCAACUCCUGCUUCUCCAAGAUCAGCUGCUUCCUGCUGCCUCACCCUGGGCUCAAGGUGGCCAUCAACCCACACUUCGACGGCCGCUUACAGGACAUCGAUGAUGAGUUCAAGAGGGAGCUGGUGAAUCUGGUGCCGCUGCUCCUGGCUCCUGAGAAUCUGGUGGAGAAGGAGAUCAGCGGCUCUAAAGUCACGUGUGGAGAUCUGCUGCAGUAUUUCAGAGCCUACAUGAAGAUCUAUCAGGGUGAAGAACUGCCACAUCCCAAGUCCAUGUUACAGGCGACGGCUGAAGCUAAUAACCUGGCCGCUGUAGCAGGAGCUAAAGACUUGUACACCAGGAGCAUGGAGCAGGUGUGCGGUGGAGACAGACCCUACAUGUCUCCGGUGGAUCUGGAGCGCAGUCACGAGGAGCUGAAGCAGAGCUGCGUGCGUCAGUUCUGCGGUGUGAAGAAGAUGGGAGGUGAGGAGUUCUGCCGCCGCUAUCAGGAGCAGCUGGAGCAGGAGAUCGACGAGGCCUACGCCAGCUUCCUCAAACACAACCACGGGAAGAACAUGUUCCUCGCCGCACGCACACCCGCCACACUGUUCCUCCUGACGCUGCUGAUGUACGUGUCGUCGGUGCUGACGGGCUUCCUGGGCGUGAGCUCUGUGGCGGUGCUGUGUGACCUGCUGAUGGGUCUGGUGCUGCUCUCGCUCUGCGUCUGGAUCUACGUCAGAUACUCGGGAGAGUUGAGAGAGCUGGGCUGCUUCAUCGACCGGCUGACACUGACCCUGUGGGAGCAGGUGUUCUCCAAACUGUUGGAGGUGGUGUGGAGCAGAGUGACGCGGAGCGCCGUGAAGAGACCGAGACAGAGACUGUCCUCCAACAACAACCUCAAGAAGAGGAACUAGCCUCACGCCACCGCCGAGGAUUCUGGGGCUUCACCGGGUGUCCUCUCUCUCAUCGGUGUUCACGGAGAAGCGUUCGGACGCUCUGAGCGGGUCACCAUCCACUACAGGACCUGUUUGAGAACGCUGAACUGUACCAGUGACACCACCGUCUCUCUGCUGCACAGACGAACUUCCUGUGCUUCACCAUUCCCUCCGUCCGGACUGUGUUUCCAGAACAGACAGCUGCUCACUGACGGGCGUGGUGUGUGUGUGUGUGUACACACACACGCACACAAACAUACUCGUGCAUCACUCUCUCUCUCACACACACGCACACACACACACAUACUCUCACACACUUAGUUUUAUACCAUCUUCAUUCAUGUCUUCUGCCUUGAGCUUCAUCAUUCCAGAAUGUUUAAUUGUUUUUCCACUCAUAAUUAUAUUUAUUUAUUUUUCAAUCUGUUGAUUAAGAUGAAUCGCUGGAUGUUGAUGUGUGAGUUGUUCCUGAAGUGUUCUUCAGAACUGCAUCAUGUCUUUAAUCUCUUGAGAGCUGAACAACAGCAUGAGAUCAGUUUGGACCGAGACGAUAUAAACCCAGGGUUUCUUAGAGUCCUUAUUCACAUUUCACUGGAGUGUUUUACUGAAUGCUUUUAAAUCAGAGCAGAAAGUGUUAAACUCUUAAAGUCAUGGCAUUAAUGUUGCUUGCAGUCCUCAGUAUUUCUCAAAUCCUGCUUUUCCUUCAGGUUUAGCUGAUUUUUCUGAGCCAUGUCUUUUACAAUCAUAAACUCACUUCAUGUGGAUUGACUUCUGAUAUAACCAGACUUCAGAUCUCAUGUUGUUUUCUAUCUCUUCAGGGAUUUUUCUCUUGGUUUCUGCAGGUUUUAUGAAGCUAAAUUAAGACCAUCAGACAGGUGAGAUUGUGUAUGUAUGGUUUUAUAUGAUUUAAUGUAAGGAUAUUCAGUAUAAUAGUUGUAUUAUUCUCCUGACUCUCUGGGUUCAUACAGUAUGAAAUAUUAAUGUCUUCUGUUUGACACAAGACGUUUAUUUUUCAAGUAUUCAGUGCUUUAAGUGUCCCAAAAGAGGUGCCGGUACUCGAUUAUAGCCUUUUUUUUUGAGGACUCCCAUCAUCCCCUGAGGUAACAACAACUAUAUUGAAGGGGUUUUAUAGACAGCAGUCAACAGACGACCUUAAUAAUAAAUCCUUUUAUUAGUUUGUGGAUUUGCUUGCACUAGAAAGAACUACUGAACAUAAAUAAAAUGUGAAAAAGGAUUUUGAAAAAAUACCCUUAGAAAGAGCUACUGCUUUACUGCAUUCAAACUCACGAACUGAUUCAAAUGAUUCGUGAACCCGCUACGAACUCCCGAACUGGUUCAAAUGAUUCACGCUCCAUACUCCGAACUAGGAAGAAUUAGGAAGCGUGCAUUGUGAAGGGCGCUGUGAAAAGCGGCAGCGCAGGCAAAGGAUUAAAUCCUCUAUUAAAACAGAUCCAAAUGAACGUACUGGUGUGAUAAAAACACGUUCUCGGCGCACGGAGAGGUGAGGGUACGCUCAAGAGAUAUAUUUGGAAGUGACGGUACUGAGUACCGCUGUGUACCGGCCACUUAAAGCACUGGAAGUAUUGAAACACAAUCUGUGCAUGUGACACAACGGUGAUGAAACCUUUCUGACACAGAUUCUGCUGCUCUGUUAAUAAUCAUAAUAACCUAGAACAGUGGUUCCCAACCUUUUUCAACUCGCGGCCCACACAACCAAACACAUAUGUUUGCGCGGCCCACUUCAAAAAAAUUAACUGACCCCGCUAUUGUUGGGUUAAUAACUUAGUACUCAGAAGCUAGAUUUUAAACUGUAUUUAUUGAAUAAACAUGGACAAAAAAAAAAAAAAACUAUCGCGAUUUUUUUGAUCAAUUUUGCAAUUGUGACACACACCGAUAUGCUUUUACAGUCAUAAAUGCAUUCAGGAUUAAUUUUAAACAUAUUUCCAAAAGAAAACCAAUCAGAGCUUUAUCAAAAAGUUGUAACAUCUCUAGAACAGACAUAAGUCAAAAUUAUCACUAUAGUGAAGAUGUAAAGAAAUGUAUAGACUUGUGGCAAAAAAAAAAAAAAAAAAAUCCUGUAUACAGGGACUUUUUUUUCUUUUUUGCCAUGCAUUGUUCAUAGAGCUCAUUA